AUGUCUCCUCACCGAGGCCGACGAUCGCGCCCGUCGCAUCACGACGGCAGGUUCUCGCCGGUUAGGCAUGACCCGCAAGACGACAAGGAAAAUGUGGCGCCACCGGUCAACCAGGCACGCACCGGAAAGGCAAGCAUGCGAACAAGCACUCGAACGGUUUCGGGCCCGCACAAGCCGCACCGUCGUCCUCUCAAGCAGCAGUAUCGCAAUCCGGGCUCCGGUCACGAAUUCUGCAAAGCCGGUGCGCAAGACGUGGUUUGCCAGGCCCAAGACACGAAUCACUCGCACCCAAUCUCGUACAUGGAAAGCACAACACGAGACAGCGACAUCGGCUUGGAUGCGGAGUUUGUCAUCUACGACGACAACGACCAGGCAGCACUGGCGCCUGCGUUCCAGAAAUUAUCGCUCGAUGAACCCUGUGGGGUUUUCAGAGAUGACACUGCGAUGCAUCGGGGGGUUGAUGAAAGUACGAGCGAGGCCAAGAUCCAGGUGUUUUCCGACAGCGACAUCAAGGCCCCGCUGAAGGCACUCUCGUACGCCGAGGCCUUUGCGAUGCGGCCUCGCGUUCGAAAGGCAGAUGCUGAGGCCAGAGGGACGGGGAGCCCGCUGCGGAUGGAGGUCUCCCUUGAGUAA